CCCUCCCCUUUCCCGCUCGCUGCCUCCGCCUCCUUCCUCUGCCUUUACCCGGAGCUAGGCUCCGAGCCCUCAGUCUGCCCGAGCUCCGGAUGUGGGCGCCGGACAAGUCCACCACGCUUCCACCCAAGAUGGACAGCCGCUACACCAGCACAGCGGGCAUCGGGGACUUGAACCAGCUGAGCGCGGCCAUCCCAGCCACGCGAGUGGAGGUGUCGGUGUCCUGCAGAAAUCUUCUUGACAGAGACACGUUUUCUAAAUCUGACCCAAUUUGUGUCUUAUAUGUACAAGGAGUUGGGAAUAAAGAAUGGAGAGAGUUUGGAAGAACUGAAGUAAUUGAUAAUACGUUGAAUCCUGAUUUUGUAAGAAAAUUUAUUCUGGACUACUUUUUUGAAGAAAGAGAAAAUCUUCGUUUUGACUUGUAUGAUGUUGAUUCUAAGAGCCCCAACUUAUCCAAACAUGACUUCCUGGGACAAGUAUUUUGUACCUUGGGGGAAAUUGUUGGUUCACAAGGAAGUCGCCUGGAAAAGCCAAUAGUAGGCAUUCCAGGGAAGAAAUGUGGUAUAAUUAUACUUACAGCAGAGGAAUUAAACUGUUGCAGGGAUGCUGUUUUGAUGCAAUUUUGUGCAAACAAAUUGGACAAGAAGGACUUCUUUGGAAAAUCAGAUCCUUUUCUUGUGUUUUAUCGAAGUAAUGAAGAUGGCAGUUUUACAAUUUGUCAUAAAACAGAAGUUGUCAAAAACACUCUGAAUCCUGUAUGGCAAGCAUUCAAGAUCUCAGUUAGAGCCUUGUGUAAUGGAGAUUAUGACAGAACAAUCAAAGUAGAGGUAUAUGACUGGGAUCGAGAUGGGAGUCAUGAUUUCAUUGGAGAAUUUACAACAAGCUAUAGGGAACUUUCUAGAGGGCAAUCACAGUUCAAUGUAUAUGAGGUGGUGAAUCCCAAAAAGAAAGGAAAAAAGAAAAAAUAUGUUAAUUCUGGAACAGUAACCUUACUCUCUUUCUUAGUAGAAACAGAAGUUUCAUUCCUUGACUAUAUUAAGGGAGGAACACAGAUCAACUUUACAGUGGCUAUUGAUUUUACAGCAUCAAAUGGUAAUCCUGCCCAGCCCACUUCUCUACACUACAUGAAUCCUUACCAAUUGAACGCCUAUGGUAUGGCACUGAAAGCAGUGGGAGAAAUUGUCCAAGAUUAUGACAGCGAUAAAAUGUUCCCAGCUCUUGGUUUUGGUGCAAAACUGCCUCCAGAUGGAAGGAUAUCUCAUGAAUUUGCUUUGAAUGGAAACCCUCAAAACCCAUACUGUGAUGGCAUCGAGGGGGUAAUGGAGGCUUAUUACAGGAGUCUGAAAUCUGUACAACUGUAUGGGCCAACAAACUUUGCUCCUGUAAUUAAUCAUGUAGCAAGAUAUGCUUCGUCUGUAAAGGAUGGCUCCCAGUAUUUUGUGCUCCUUAUUGUGACAGACGGUGUUAUCUCAGACAUGGCACAAACUAAGGAGUCCAUAGUUAAUGCUUCAAAACUUCCAAUGUCAAUAAUUAUAGUUGGUGUUGGCCCAGCAGAAUUUGAUGCAAUGGUCGAAUUGGAUGGAGAUGAUGUAAGAGUCUCUUCCAGAGGAAAAUAUGCUGAAAGAGACAUUGUACAGUUUGUGCCAUUCAGGGAUUACAUUGACAGAAGCGGAAACCACAUACUGAGCAUGGCUAGGCUGGCCAAAGAUGUCCUGGCUGAGAUCCCGGAGCAGUUUCUCUCCUACAUGAGAGCCCGAGGCAUCAAGCCUUCACCGGCCCCGCCCCCAUAUACCCCACCUACACACGUGUUACAGACGCAGAUCUGACUGUGCUCCCAAAAGCUGGCGUUACCCACAGCACUUAGAACUGCUGACUUCAUGCUUUGCGCCUGGUGCUCUGUAACGAACCAGGGACCGAGAUAACGUUUCUCAGUUUGGUUUCAGCAGUACUGGUAAUUGUG